CCGAGCUCCUGGGCCGAGUGUGACGCACUUCCGGCGGCGGGAGCGGAAGCGGAAGUGGCCUCGCGAGGCGUCGUGAGGCGAGGGCCAAGAUGAAUUGCAGGGGGCUUGGAUCUCAGCUGAAGGACAGCAUUCCAGUUCGCGAGCUGUCAGCAAGCGGUGCUUUUGAGAACCACGAUGUUCUUCGUACAGGUUUCUCCAGUGUGAAAAAUGACCUGUUACCCAGCCACCCUCUUGAACUAUCAGAAAAAAAUUUCCAGCUCAAUCAAGACAAAAUGAGUUUUUCUACCCUGAGAAAUAUCCAAGGCCUGUUUGCACCUCUAAAGUUACAGAUGGAAUUCAAGGCAGCGAAGCAGGCUCAGCGCCUCCCGUUUCUCCAGAGCUCCAACCUGGCACUGGACAUCCUGAGGGGAAAUGACGAAUCCAUCAGUUUUGAGGACAUUCUUAAUGACCCAUCCCAAAGCGAGUUAAUGGGCGAGCCCCACGUGAUGGUGGAACACAAGCUUGGACUGCUGUAAUCCAGAGGUGCCUGGAAGCUCGGUUUUGCCUUGUCUUUAUAUUGUAGUUUCUCUUAUACACCACUAAAACCGCUGUCAUGUACAUGAUUGUACUGCUUAUGUGGGAUUUCAUUUGCUUUUUUUUUUUUUCAAAGAGAGUGAUGGCCAUUAAAAAUUGACUCCAUAUA